AUGAUUGCGUACUGCAAGUACCACGGCAUCGGACUCAUCCCCUGGUCGCCUCUGGCCGGCGGCGCGCUCGCCCGCCCCGUCAGCUCUGAAGAAACUCCUCGCUGGAAAUCGUUGACUACAUACGGCAUCAACAAGCAGUACGCAAUCGACGCCGAGAUCAUCAAGCGUGUCGAGGAGGUCGCGAAGAAGCGUGGCUGGGCGAUGUCUCAGGUCGCCCUCGCAUGGGCUCAGCGCACUGUGGACAGCCCGAUUGUCGGCUUCAACUCCAUCAAGCGUGUCGAUCAGGGCAUCGUGAACGACGAGCUUACCGACGAGGAGACCAAGUAUCUCGAGGAGCCGUGA